UCCCAGUGGCCCGGGCGGUGGGCUGUGCCGGAGUCUCCUCCCUUUGGCCCGUAGCAGGUUUGUGGCGGGAGGAGGGGACUGCCGAGGGGAGGGGGAUCUCUGCUCGAGGUCAAUGGCCGAACCCGGAAGCCGAGAGCCCGAGACUCCGGCCUGCAGCCCCACUGUUGCCACCGCCAUGGCCUCGAAGCAGCUCUUCCGCGCGCUCGUGUCAGCGCAGUGGGUGGCCGAGACACUCCGGGCCCCACCGGCCGCGCAGCCCCUGCGGCUGCUCGAUGCCUCUUGGUACCUGGCCAAGCUGGGCCGCGACGCGCGCCGCGAGUUCGAGGAGCGCCACAUCCCGGGCGCCGCCUUCUUUGACAUCGACCAGUGCAGCGACCGCACGUCGCCCUAUGACCACAUGCUGCCCAGCGCAGCGCAGUUCUCAGAGUACGUGGGCCGCCUGGGCGUGGGCACCGCCACCCACGUGGUGGUCUACGACGCCAGCGAUCAGGGCCUCUACGCGGCGCCGCGCGUCUGGUGGAUGUUCCGCGUGUUCGGCCACCGCACCGUAUCUCUGCUCGACGGUGGCCUCCGCAACUGGCUGCGCCAGGGCCUCCCGCUGAGCUCGGGCAAGAGCUGUCCGGAACCCGCAGAGUUCCACGCGGUGCUGGACCCGGCCUACAUCAAGACGUACGAGGACAUUAAGGAGAACAUUGAAUCCCGGCGCUUCCAGGUGGUGGAUGCCCGCGCCGCCGGCCGCUUCCGGGGCACGGAGCCCGAGCCCCGAGACGGCAUCGAGCCCGGCCACAUCCCUGGCACUAUCAACAUCCCCUUCACGGACUUCCUGACCGAGGACGGCCUGGAGAAGAGCCCCGAGGAGAUCCGCCGCCUCUUCCAGGACAAGAAGGUGGACCUGUCCCUGCCCCUGGUGGCCACGUGCGGCUCCGGCGUCACAGCCUGCCAUGUGGCCCUGGGGGCCUACCUCUGCGGCAAGCCAGAUGUACCCAUCUACGACGGCUCCUGGGUGGAGUGGUACAUGCGUGCCCAACCCGAGGACGUCAUCUCCGAGGGCCGGGGGAAGACCCACUGAGGCGUGGCGGGACACAGGAAGCUUGGGUGACACCCAGCCACCAGCGGUUCCCAGCCCGGUGGUUCCGACUCUGCUCUGACCAGGGCAGUGUUUCUUCCUCCAACUCAGGUGGUACCUGGGGCAACAUCCCAGAGGCCAGGAACUCUGUGGACUUGUGGGCUCCCAGUGGAGGCAGCAGAGAAGGAGGCAGCGGGCACAGGGGGAGGGGAGCUGCCCUCGUGGUGCUAAACUGGAGCCCCACUUCCCUUCUGUUGUAGAAAUAAAACAGUCAAGUGCUAAACCCUUCUGACUGCGGGGCUGCCUCAGCUCUCCUCGGCUCCUGGGCUGACAGCUCCAACAUGCCCAGCUUGGGAGCUCCACGGAGCCAGAGCAUCUUGAGGAUGGUGUCCCUUCUGCCUUCUGAGCGGUGCUGGGGCCCGAGAGGCCUUCCAGUCCUGAGACCGAGUGUCUUCCUGACAGCUGUCUUCUACUUCUUUUGCUAUGUGAAUGAAUGGAUGUGUUAGGCACUCAGCAGUGUCUGACUCUCUGCAACCUCAUGGACUGUAUGUAGCCUGCCAGGCUCCUCUAUCCAUGGAAUCCCCCAGGCAAGAAUACUGGAGUAGGUAGCCAUUCCCCUCUCCAGGGGAUCUUUACUGGGGUCUCCCUUCUGGCUUCUGGGUUAUUUAAGGUGAAUCUGCUGUGCUAUGUCUGGAGUCCCACCCAAAGCUGGCCCCUCACCAUGGGUAAGUAAUACAUCUCAAGACAGAUGGUUCCAGAACUUAAUAGGAGGCUGUACCACACUGAGGAGGCCCAUUCCAGCCCAGCCAGGAUGUUUUGGAGAAGGGCAGAGUUUAGUCAAAUUAGAGGGGAAUCUAGUUCUAGACUCUAAGAGCCACCCUUGGAGCCUUGCCUUUGGGGCUACCUGGGGGUGGGCAAUAUGAGGGGGUUUGAUCCUUUCUGCUCAAGGAGAAAGAACCCUUAUCCCCCAGGCUUCUCAAGGGUAAGGAAUCUAUUCUUCUCCCUCCAUGUUUGUUCUUUGUGCAAGGAUGGACAUGGGUAUCAGAAGGCCCCAGGUGCCCCCUGUUGUAACCUGGGUGACCCCUCCCCCAGGCAUCUAACAGCCCCUGAGGCAUCUCUUGGUAGCAAAGGCCCAGGUGUCAGCCAGUACUGGGGGCACCUCCAGAAGGAAAAAAAAAAAAGAAGGGACAGUGACUUACUCAAGCUCACAUGAUGAACUCACGACACAGCUGGAACCAGAUCCAGAUUUUCUGACUCUGAAUUUACUUUUUUUUUCACCUCUGACUGAGUCUUCUCUCCCUAGUCCACAGGGAUGGUGGGGAACCAAUGGGACAGAAUCCUGGUUUUCUGAAUAAAAGGUCUAAAGUAA